AUGGAGAAAAUCUUGUGCUUAAACUUAAGAAAUCUCUAUGGAUUAAAACAGAGUGGUCGUAAUUGGAACAAUUUACUGGACUCUUACCUAAAAAGUGAAGGUUUUAGUCGAUCUGAGUCUGAUAAUUGUGUAUAUGUCAAGGUAACUGAUACUUCAGUGACAAUUCUAAUCAUUUGGGUAGAUGACAUAAUAAUAGCAUCAAGUAGUGCAGAGUGCUUAGCAGAGGUAAAGCAGAAACUUAGUAGUCGUUUUAAAAUGAAAGACCUGGGCGUCCUCUCUUGGUUUCUAGGUAUAGAAUUUACCUGUGAGAAAAAUGAGAUAAUAAUGAGUCAAUCAAAGUAUAUCGAGAAGAUUCUAGCUAAGUUUAACAUGCAAAAUUGUAAACCUAGAUCUUCACCAUGUGAGAUGAGUUCUAAUAAAAUGAAAUCUGAAGAAUCACCACUAGUAAAUAACAAGCUCUACAGAGAAAUAGUAGGAAGUUUAGUGUAUGUAAUGACAUCAACUAGACCUGAUUUAUGCUAUAGUGUGACUAAGCUGUCUCAGCAUCUGUCUGCUCCUACAGCAUCUGACAUGAACACUGCAAAGCAUGUUUUACGUUACUUAAAAGGUACGUCAGAAAAAGGGCUUGUCUUCAGAAAAUCUCAACAGCCUCUGUCUCUAAUGGGUUAUUGUGAUGCUGAUUGGGGUUCCUCAGAGGAUAGACGAAGUAUAACGGGAUAUGGUUUCCAACUAAAUAAAACUGGUCCCUUGAUUUCAUGGAAAAGUAGAAAACAGCCUACUGUUGCUUUAUCCACAUGUGAGGCAGAAUACAUGUCAUUAAGUUCUGCUAUUCAAGAGGCGAAUUUCUCUUGCAACUUUUAA